GAAAAAAAAAGAAGAAUUGCGACUCUUUCUCUUUCACUUUUCUACCUUCAUACAUUACCCUUUUUCUUCGAAAUCUUCAAUUUUUCUGACUUCAUAUUUUUGAGAUCAAUUCCCAGUUUUCAUGCCCCUUUUGUCCCCUGUUUUUUUGGAUUUUUUUUGCUUAUUUUUUGACUUUAAGUCCACUUGUUUUCUUAGUCUCAAUUUCAGUUUUGUGGAUGUUAAAGAUCAAUCUUUUUUCCUGAAAUUAUUUCUUGGGGUUAAAGUCCAUGGUAGUUAAGGAGUAGUUGAAUUCGAAGAAUGAUGGGAACUUACAGUGAGACUGAAGAAGAUAGUUUCUUUGAUAUACAUGCUGAGACCGGUUCUCUCUCCGAUUUGGGUUCGGAUGGUUCUGAUGCUUGUACUCGUAAUGAGAUUUCCGAACGUGCUUUGGGAUAUGAAUUUUGGACUCAGGAUCCCGACAGUGUUGAUGAACGCCGCGAUAGAUUCUUGAAAUGGAUGGGUUUGAACUCGAAUUGCGACAGAUCUGAUUGCUCUGAUGAAAGAAAGACAAGUACCGAUAGAAUUAGGGAUGACAAUGAGACUGUGCUGGCAAGUUCAGAUGCUGAAGGCAAUUUUUUCUCUGGUAGAUCUUCCCAAUCUUUCGAGUCAAAUGAAGCUCUAGAAUUGGAGGAGGAUGCUGUAGAGGAUCCAAUGUAUUGGAAAAUUAGGAAUCUGGACAAUGGAUCAGAAUUUGUUGCAGAUAAAUUAGGGAAGGAUGGCAUGCUUAGCCGACUACGUGAAGUAGGUACAAACAAGAUAUUCACUAUUGAAGAGUUUACAAGAACUCUUGGCUCAUCGUCUUUGGUUCAACAGUUUCUCCAUAGAGAUAUGAAGGGAUUUAGUAUGGUUAAUACAAAGACAAAAGUGAGAAGUUUGCUUCAAAAACUCACUGUUGGCACCCGAAACAAAGUGACAAAGCCAGAGAAUGGUACUCAAAGAGUUCGGGUCCAAACCAGUAAGAAGGAGUCAAAAGAACUGUCCUCACUUUACACAGGCCAAGAAUUCCUGGCACAUGAAGGCUCCAUCAUAACAAUGAAGUUCAGUCCUUGUGGCCAAUACUUGGCAAGUGCUGGCAAAGAUGGCACUGUGCGCAUUUGGAGAGUGAUUGAGGACGAAAUGUCUAAAAACUUCAAUGUUCAGGAUAUUGACCCCUCUUGUUUAUACUUUUCACUGAAUCAUUUUUCCAAAUUAGCUUCUCUCAAUGACAACGGAGAGAAGAUCAAUGGGAUGAAAAUGAUGAGAAAAUCAUCAGAAUCAGCUUGUGUUGUACUCCCGCCAAAGUUAUUCCGGAUUAUGGAGAAACCAAUCCACGAGUUCCGUGGGCAUACCAGUGAAGUAUUGGCCCUCUCAUGGUCCAAAAAUGGGUAUCUGCUGUCAUCUUCUGUUGAUAAAACAGCUCGUCUUUGGCAAGUUGGACAUGAUAAAUGCCUUGGUGUUUAUCCGCAUAAUAAUUAUGUCACUUGUGUAGAGUUCAAUCCCAUGGAUGAUAAUUAUUUCAUUAGUGGCUCAAUAGAUGGGAAAGUACGUCUCUGGGAGGUGCAUAAUUGUCGAGUGAUUGAUUGGACUGAUGUAAAGGAAAUAGUGACCGCUCUUUGUUAUAGUCCUGAUGGAAAGGGAGGUGUUGUGGGAUAUAUGGAUGGCAAUUGCCGUUUUUAUGAUGUUGUUGAUAAUCAUUUGCAGAUGGGCCUUCAGGUAUGCCUGCAAGGAAAGAAGAAGCUUACUAACAAGAGAGUAACUGGAUUUCAGUACUGCCCGAAUGAUUCGAGCAAAGUCAUGGUUACUUCUGCUGAUUCCCAAGUUAGAAUACUUUGUGGAUCCAACAUCAUCUGCAAAUUCAAAGGCGAGCAGCUUUCUGACAAGACGUUUUUCAGUAGAUUUUCUGAAACUGUUGUCUCUGCUGCAUGUCCAGGAACUAAAAAAUUUGAUAGCCAAUGUCCUGCAUCAUUCACAUCAGAUGGGAAACACAUUCUCGCAGUCACUGAGGAUUCAAAUGUUUAUAUCUGGAACUAUAGUCACGAGGACGGGUUGACUAGCCAACCAAAGAAAGUCCGUUCAUCAGAGAGUUUCUUUUCCCAAAAUGCAUCAGUUGCCAUACCUUGGUCUGGCUUUAAAACCAAUCCAGUAACGACACUACCAGGAAAUGUCUUAGCAAACGCUGAUGUCAACGAGAAUUCAUUGCCAAAGACUUCAUCUUUACAAGAGUGCUUGUCCUUAGGACGUGCGUCUUUCUUGGAUUCUCUACUAAAGAGCUCUGCAACGUGGCCAGAGGAGAAACUACCCGACUCAAAUCCUCCUGCAACUGUCUCCCCUUCUAUAUGUAAGUCCGAAUACAAGAUCUUGAAGAGUGCUUGGCAAAGUGCAUUGAGUUCAAGUCAUUUGUGGGGUCUCGUGGUUGUCACCGCAGGAUUGGAUGGAUGCAUUAGAACAUUCCUCAACCACGGUUUACCUAUUCGUUUCUGAGGUUCUUUCUCCCCCGGGGAUCUUCAGUCUAGUGGUAAGAGCGCAACCUCUAAUGCCUGAGAAUUUUUCCUUUCUCUUGCUUGUAAAUUUAUAUCAAAUUCUUGGCUCUGUCACCAAAAAUUGUUUCAACACAAAGAAAAUAUGAUAUCCAAUAGGUUAUAUUACAUUUUGUGCCUUGGGCAUAUACUAGUCUAUAUAUGUAAUUAAAAUUAUUAUUCACAUAUAUGAUGAAAAUCAUAGUAUAAAUUUUUUUUCAUUUGUUCA